CAGCGCGCGCCGGUCCCGGACCCCGCAGCUCCGCCCCAGCGCUGGUCCACGGGUCGGAGGGAAAUCCCAGGUGUGUGAGGAGCGAGCUUCUGCGCCGGGGAAGCCCCGUCAGGGGGCCAUGGGAGGACAGGUGAGGCUGCCGCCCGGGGAGCCCUGCCGAGAAGGCUACGUGCUGUCUGUGAUCUGUCCGAAUGCCUCCCAGGCUUGGUGCGAGAUCACACGUGUGUCACAGCUGCUGGCUUCUCCUGUCCUCUACAGGGACCUGAAUUCCAGCAUAACCAACUGGAGCAUUUCUGCAAAUUCAGAGAACAAAUACAGGCUUUAUGUAGGCCUGGUACUGGCAGUAAGUUCCAGUAUUUUCAUUGGCUCCAGUUUCAUCUUGAAAAAAAAGGGCCUCUUACAACUGGCCAACAAGGGCAUUACCAGAGCUGGACAAGGUGGACAUUCUUACCUCAAGGAAUGGCUCUGGUGGGCAGGAUUACUCUCAAUGGGAGCAGGCGAGGCUGCGAAUUUUGCAGCGUAUGCUUUUGCACCUGCCACCUUGGUCACCCCACUGGGCGCUCUGAGUGUUCUCAUAAGUGCACUGUUGUCUUCCUAUUUUUUAAAUGAGCACUUGAACAUUCAUGGGAAAAUAGGCUGCAUAUUAAGUAUAUUGGGGUCAACUGUGAUGGUUAUCCAUGCCCCACAGGAAGAAGAAGUCACUUCUCUGCAUGAAAUGGAAAUGAAAUUGAGAGACCCAGGAUUUAUCUCCUUUGCUGUGAUCAUAACUGUGAUCUCCUUGGUGCUGAUUUUGAUUGUGGCUCCCAAGAAAGGACAGACCAAUAUAUUGGUCUACAUUUCCAUCUGUUCACUGAUUGGAGCGUUUUCAGUUUCUUCUGUCAAGGGCCUGGGAAUUGCCAUUAAGGAACUACUGGAAUGGAAGCCCGCUUAUAAGCAUCCCCUGGUCUUUGUUUUGCUGGCUGUACUUGUGCUUUCAGUGACAACACAGAUUAACUAUCUCAACAAGGCACUGGACACCUUUAAUACAUCUCUUGUGACUCCCAUUUAUUAUGUGUUCUUCACGUCCAUGGUAGUGACGUGCUCCGCCAUCUUAUUCCAAGAAUGGUAUGGCAUGAAAGCUGGAGAUAUCAUUGGGACUUUGAGUGGGUUCUUCACCAUUAUCAAUGGCAUCUUCCUUCUACAUGCUUUUAAAAACACUGACAUUACCUGGAGUGACCUGACAUCCAGUACUCAGAAAGAAGGCCUCUCUCUGAAUGGCAGUGGAGACAAAUACGUCUUACUAGAGAACGUAGACUGUUCAGCCCCAGGAUUCGAUGAUGACAUUACCUUGUUUAGCAGGGCUGAUGAUCAAAGUGGCUAAAAAGCCUGAACUUUAACCACGAAGAGACACUUCGAGAGGAGAAGGAAUAUCUGAUUCUUGGAAGAACUAUUAGGAAAGCUGGCAUUUUUAAAGUUCUAACUAAUAAUUUAGAUGUGAGGCCAAAUAAAAAUGCCUUCAUUUUUGGCCAUCGAAUUUGAAAGUCAAAGUUUUGAUCCUCCUCCAGAAGGCUUCUGCUGUUUUUCAUUUCUGCAAACUUGAAAUAUUCCCUAAGUAUGAAAGAAGUCAAAGAGUUAGAUAGCUCUCAGAAUAAUCUGUUUCUUCUGGUCACAAUAUGUUUGGCUCUGCCAGGCGGCUCUUCAUUUCUUUGGCUGCUAUUCUUAGUCUCUCAGUAAUUCAUAGGUAAACUCAACUGUGUGCUGAUGACUCUAAUGAGUCAUAGUUUCAAAUUAUUAAAACUGAGAAGAGAGAUCACGGAUGCCUCCCCACCUUCUACAACUUCCUUCUUUCUAAACGAGAUAGCUAAAGGGUUGAGUGUUAAAGAAAAAAAUAGACAUGUUGGAAAUCUACUCCUUGGUGGGCUUGAAUGUGCAAGAAGACACACAUGCCCAUGAAAGACUUUUAAACUGUAAUUUAUUGACAUGUCAGAGGUUUAUUACCAACUAAAAUGGGAGAAUGGAGGAGGGAGAGAUACUUAAUACCUUAGGUAAAUGAAACAAUUUAUUUUUCCUUUUCACAAAAACAAAACCAAAUGCAAACGAUUAUGUUCAUGGGUUCUUUUAACUCAGACCUGAACAACGUAGGACAAAAUUGAGUUUCUGGAGAAGUACAAAUGACUUCAGCUUUGGAGUUCCUUAUAUUUAUUUUGUUUUUUACUUUCACUAUUAUCCCAAAGGUCACUUUUUUUGGUUGAUACAGAGACUUUUGUAAAGUAAUUGCUAUAUUAUUUUAGCAUUAUAUUGUACAUUUCAAUUUUUCUUAAAGGUUUAAUCCCCAAAGGGUAGAUUUUCCACAGAUUGGAAACAAAUACAAAAAUCUUUAUGAAAGACCUGAAUAAGUUAUCGUAAUUGUCCUCUUGAAAUCUGGCAAUUUCACCUUUAUUAAGGAAAUUAUAAUUAGUUGCUACCUUUUUAAAACAUAUGUAUAUCCUACCACAAUAAGUGGUAGAUUGCCUUUUUCUGUUGGAUUUCAUCCUGACCAUGCUUUCCAUACAUUUUAUUGUAAGUGUUUGGGGAAAAUAGUAAAGUGAGUCAACUUCUUCGAAAACAAAGUAUUAAGACGUCAGGGACUACUACAGGAAAAUACCUUUUCAUAUUAAAGCCUACAUUGAAUUUUCUUAUCUCACUCCAAGUGCAUGGCAGGAGUAACAUUUUUGGUGGUCUUUACUGUUUAUGGAGAGAUUACGCAUCACUCAUUGAUUUAAUGGAAAAGAAAUUAGCUAUCUUAUUUCUAGACUAAACUUAUUUCUCUCUCAAAAAAAAAAAAAAUCCUAACCAAAAAAUCAUAACAUUAAAAACAAACAAAAACCCUUCAGGUUGACUGGAUUAUUCUCUUCUAAUGUCAAAUGUUAUUAGUUUUGUUUGUAAUCUAGGUCAAGUCUAUUCCGGGUAAUAAUAGUAGAUUCUUUUCUUCAGAAUUCUAUUCAAGUGACUUCAGCGUUUCCUUGGUUCUGCUGAACUCUGACUGAUGUUCACGGUGAUGACCGGAGAUGACUGUAAACCCCUAAAGUGCUGGUGUGGUCUCUUUGGCAUAGUUUAGUGUUGAGUGCAGUUGAGUGCACUCUAGAUUUCUGAAAAUUGGUGAUCCAUGGACGAUUCAUGGGUUGAUACCUCAUGUCAAAUAUAUGUUUACUCCGUUGAUUGCUAUUUCACCUUAACUGUAUGUCAGAGGUAUAAGCUAUCAACACAAGUUUGUAGAAAAAGUAUUCUCUCAAAAAGAUAGUGUUUGAAACUUGUAGGAAUUCUUUUAAAGUUUUUCUUUUCUCUGUUGUAAACUCUGUUGAUUUCUCCAGGACACUUUCUUGGUGAGGAAAUUAACAGCAUCCAAACUGAGGCUGGGUAGUCCUCCACUCGACUGAAUCUUAGUGCAGUUAUUUCUUCAACAUCACCUGUUACAAAGCUUUGCCCUUAGUAUAUUGUGUCCAGCUUAAAGGUUCUUGGGACACAAGAACCCGUGUGUACCCUGGGUUGGAAAAUGAACUGGUAUUGACACAUAUGCCUGGUAGGAAGUCUGAGAAAGAGCGAAUGAGUUGAAAUAUGUUGAGAAGCAAUGAAACAUCUGAAAAACUCUAAAAAUCUCUGGUGGGCAUAUGCUUUGGAAAACUACAAUGUUGCAAAUCCAAAACCCAGAAUAUUUCUUCCCAAAUAGGAAGAUGUUGUCUAAGGAGGAAUAAAAUGCUGGAUCCCUAUAUUCAGACUAACUGUGUUAGUCUUACCUUGUGUCUCAUAUGUAUAUAUUUUAAUAUAUAUACUUUAUCUCACAUAGAUUCCUUAAGAUUUAUUGUGUAAAUAUCUGUACACGUGUCAUUAAGGAUCACAAAGCUGUCCUCACACAGCCAAAUGAAAAGCUUUUCCUAAUUUUGUAAACAUCAUAGUUUCAUUUUAUUUUCCAAUUUAUAACUUUAUUCGUAGGUCAGUGGUUAAUGAUUUUAUUGUUAGUUCAGAUUUCAGAAUGUUCGUAAAACCGUCUAGAUCCGACAACCUGCAAUUAAAUUAAUAUUUUUUGUUUUAAGAGUACGAAAUCAAAUACAUAUACAUGGAAAGCACCCGCAUCAUGCUUGAUAUUGAGGCAUUUAAUACAAUUUGGUUCUCUUUGAAUCAACAUUUUAAUUCUCAUUGUCUUAGUACUAGAUAGGUAAGGACCAUUAGUUGCCAGUUUUCAUACAUUCUUUUUCUUUUUUCAAUUUGUGUCACCUUAGCUCAUUUUUAAAAAUCCAAGUGAAAAUGAAUUUCAUUAGUAUACUAUCUCAAAAACAAUACAAAAUGGUUCUGACAAAAAUAUUUUAUUUUUCUUAAUAAAACCAAACUAAAUGCAAUCUUCACAACCCAACAAAACUUUGUGGAAAAGUACUUAUAUGAAUAUAUAGGAAAUAUUUUCAAAUAUUUUGAAAAAAGUAUGAUUGUGACAUUUUCUAUUUUUCAAAUGUUCAUAAAUACUGUUCAUUUUAGAGAGUUUACAGCUUUUAAAUUGAUGUUUGUAUAUUUUUCAUUUGCAGUCAAAUACCGUGAUUCAAUUAUGCUUGUUGGAGUUCAGUUCUGAGUUUCUUGUUUAUGUAAUGGCAAAAAAUAUCCCUUCGAGAUUAAAAAGAAAAUUUCGGGGUUUAAAAAAAAA